AAUCACGCAGUUAGAUGAAGGAUGGCCCCUAAGGAUUUUAUCAUGUGAAGUCUUCCUGAAGUUUCUGGCUUUCUCUUUAUAGAAAUGCAAAUAAAGAAGAUGAAGGAUAUUGGACAGCAGUUAUAUACCACCCAAGUGAAUGACGGACAUAAUUCCUUGACCAUGUCCCCCAAACAACCAAAUGCUAAUAGAGCGACUCGACCAGACAGACACGAAGUGCAAGCUCUUUUGUGUCAAGGCUCAGAGGCAGAGGCUGCCGUGAUGACCGUUGCUACGUGUGUGAAGUGCAAAAGUGUUCACAAAGUCCCGCUUCAAGAUUUGAAAAAGGGUACUGGGCCAAGCCAGAAGGAAGACAAAUACGUUUGCUUCAAAUGCAGCCUCGGUGUGGCUACUCCCCAUUUUCAUUUUGUGAACAGUAAUCCCAGUGCUACUCCCGCAGGAAAUAAAGCCGAAGCCAUCUCCGGUUCCGUCGGUAACAAAUUUAAGGUAAGGAACUUUAAGCCAGGCAAAUACUAUUGCGACAAGUGUCGAUUUUCCACAAAGGAUCCUCUGCAGUACAAAAAGCACACGCUUCAACACGAAGAGAUUAAAUUCAUCUGUUCUCACUGCAGCUACAUUUCCUACACGAAAGGGGAGUUCCAGAGGCACCUCGUGAAACACACAGGCAUAUUCCCUUAUCAGUGCGAGUACUGCGACUACGGCGCCAUCAGGAAUGACUACAUCGUCAAACACCGGCGCAGAGUGCACGAGAGGGCUGGGGGAAGGCGGCCGCCCAGAGCUGUUGCCAAGCUGGAGCCAAAAAGAAUCAGCGCAUCGAAACAAAACACGGAGGUCUUAAAAGCUCCCAAUCCAAGGACUGCAUUUCAAAAUAAGUUGUCGGAUCAACUCUCCAGGUUCUCCCUCCACACAAAUAAAGACAAAAUGCACAAUAUCAUGUUGUUGCCUGAAUCAAAGGAAUGCCAAAAAGACGUAGUGUGUAUUCCAAAUAAAGUGACCCUGGUGGAGCCAAACGAAGGCAGUCUGUUUGAGAACAGAAGCGUGGAGGUGGAAGUGUUGUCGCCAGCGAAAGAGCCCGUCCAGCCGGGAAUGCCGUUAACGGUGGUGGCACCGGCAGAGCUCGUGGUCCCUGCAAACUGCUUAGCACAGUUGAUAGAUGUGAAGGUCGUCAACGGGACCCAGCAGCUUGUCCUGAAACUGUUUCCUCUGGAAGAAAGUAACCGCCCUGAAGCUGGUGGGGGCGAAGGGGGUAAUUCUGAGCGUAUGACUAAAGAGAAGGGUUUGGCCGAACCAGAAAAAAUGGUUUCUGCAAGCCAGACAAAGUCACUGGCGAUGGAAGGCAGCGUUGGGAAAUUGGCAGGCAUUGAUAGUCUUCAGUCGUCAGUUCAGAAACAGCUUAAAAAUGUGAAGUGGGUCAGGUCUUAUGAUUUUUUCAUGUCAAAUUCUAGUGUGCACCACCACGGAGAAUCCCUCCUCAACCCAGAUACAGUUGAGGAUUUCCAGAAGAAAAGUAGUCCGUAUCCACAUAGACCAGCUCUUCCUUCUCUCUCCUUAAAAGGUCAUUCUCCAGCAUCUGUAGUGAAAAACAGUGUUUUCCACAGUCUCGGAGCUGCAUCAAACCCUUUUCCAUAUAAAGCUGCUGUUUCUUUUGCUGAAGAUGGAAGGACCUCACAUGGUGACUCACAGCAGUUACUUCCCUUGGCUGCGUCACCUGCAACCAUGUCCUUCUCUGGAGAAAAGGGCUUGUUGCCUGUAAGUACAAAUAACUUGGAACCUAGAAAUGAGAUCAGUGUUCCUGGAAAAAUGUUUCCCUCUCAUAGGAAGUUGAAAGACAAGCAGACAGAGGAACACAAGGCAGUUUCGAGUACAGGCCAGAUUUCCUCUCAACAUAAAAGCGAGUAUUUACACAUAAAUAUACCAGGAGAAGACAGAGUCAGGUCUCAGCCACCCGCGGAGGAGCCUUUGGAAUUAAAGAAUCCUGAACGGACUAAGGACUCUUUCGAUGGUCCAGUCAUCUCGUCAGUAUUUUCUCUGAGCUCUGGGUCUGAAAACGUCCCUGAGGGCGUUAAGUGGAGUAGUUCAACGUCCAAAAUAAAGUCAAUUGAACUCUUGCGCAGAAAGAUAGCUCAGUUAAUCGAGUCCUGUGGCAAGCCGUCAUCUUUGUCCGCAAAUAGCACACAUCGCCGUUCUGUAGCGCAGCCAUCAAAGGGCACCUCGAAAGCUGCUCCUGAAGGUAUUCACGAAAUUAACGUGUCAUUUACUGGCACUGGCUGUCCCACAGGUGCGCCCCCAAAACCGCAGGAUGAUGGUGGCAUUAACGGGCCGCUCACUCCUCAGCAGGUCUACCCACGGUUUAUAGAAGGCAGCAGUGAGAAAACUGAAAGCAGAGUAACCAGGAAGGGCCAUGUUGCUACUCCAGUAUUGAUCCCCAAAGGGGCUGUGUUGAGGGUUCUUAAUUCUUCUGAAGAUGCCCACAUUAUAGAGGCGACGUGUGAAGCCCCCGUCAGCAUACCUUGCAGUGAGACACAGCUGUUAAAACCCAUUCCGUUCUGCCCAGUGAGACAGACAGACUCAGACUUACAGUCUUUGACCAGUGAAAGUGGGCCAAUAGAUAUGUCCCAAAAUGUUGAUAUACCUCUUCGGCCAAAACCAAGAAAGGAGAGUGCUAUUUGUAGCACCAUGCCUAAAAAAACUGGCCCUUUGCACGGUCAGCAAGGAAGCAGUGACCUGAGUAAGCAAGGCAGACUGCUUUCCAGAAGUCUUCCCAUAAGUAAAAAUAAAACCAAACAAGUGAACUCAUCCAAGAAGAAAAGCAAAAUCCAGGCUGAUCCCAGCCGCUAUCUCAAGGAUCCUUCAAUUUUUCAGGUUGCAAGACAGCUUCGACUGAUUGCCGCUAAACCAGACCAGUUGAUUAAAUGCCCCCGUCGGAACCAGCCCGUCAUUGUGUUAAAUCAUCCUGAUGUUGACUCUCCGGAAGUGACCAAUGUGAUGAAGGUAAUCAACAAGUACAAAGGCAAUGUCCUCAAAGUCGUCUUAUCGGAGAGGACUAGGUGUCAAUUAGGCAUCAGACGGCAUCAUGUUCGCCUGACGUACCAGAACGUGGAGGAGGCCAAUCAGAUAAAAAGGCAAAUGAUGUUGAAAAUGAAACUUAAAAAAGUUCAUAAAAACAACUACCAGGUGGUGGAUUCCUUGCCUGAUGACUCAUCACAGUGUCUAUUUAAGUGCUGGUUUUGUGGGCGGCUGUAUGAAGACCAGGAAGAGUGGAUGAGUCAUGGCCAACGGCACUUGAUAGAGGCAACUAGGGAUUGGGAUGUUCUUUCUUCCAAGGGCAAAUAAGUAAAAAAUGGUCUUUGAA